GUGCGGCCCCGCGCGGGGCCGGAGAUGCCCAGGAAGCUGCUGCUGCUGCCCCCGCUCUGCGUGUCCUCGGCGCUCCGCGCCCCGAGAGCCCGCCCCGCCGCGCCGCCGGCCAUGAACGCCGCCCGCACCGGCUACCGAGUCUUCUCGGCCAACUCCACGGCCGCCUGCACCGAGCUGGCCAAGCGCAUCACCGAGCGUCUUGGGGCUGAACUGGGGAAGUCUGUCGUAUACCAAGAGACCAAUGGAGAAACGAGAGUUGAAAUCAAAGAAUCCGUUCGUGGCCAGGAUAUUUUCAUUAUCCAGACAAUACCCAGAGAUGUGAAUACGGCUGUGAUGGAGUUACUGAUCAUGGCUUACGCGCUGAAGACGGCCUGUGCCAGGAACAUCAUCGGCGUCAUCCCCUACUUCCCCUAUAGCAAGCAGAGCAAGAUGAGGAAGAGGGGCUCCAUCGUGUGCAAGCUCCUGGCUUCGAUGCUGGCGAAAGCGGGUCUGACGCACAUCAUCACCAUGGAUCUUCACCAGAAGGAAAUCCAAGGGUUCUUCAGCUUCCCCGUGGACAACCUCAGGGCCUCGCCUUUCCUGCUGCAGUACAUCCAGGAGGAAAUUCCAAAUUACAGGAAUGCAGUCAUUGUGGCCAAGUCUCCCGAUGCUGCGAAAAGGGCCCAGUCCUAUGCUGAGAGACUGCGUCUGGGUUUAGCUGUGAUCCACGGAGAAGCUCAGUGCACGGAGCUGGACAUGGACGAUGGCCGCCACUCUCCACCAAUGGUCAAAAACGCGACUGUGCACCCGGGCCUGGAGUUGCCGUUGAUGAUGGCCAAAGAGAAGCCGCCGAUCACCGUGGUCGGGGACGUCGGAGGACGCAUCGCCAUCAUAGUGGACGACAUCAUUGACGACGUGGAGAGCUUUGUGGCUGCGGCGGAGAUCCUCAAGGAGCGGGGUGCUUACAAGAUCUACGUGAUGGCCACCCACGGCAUCCUGUCUGCCGACGCCCCCCGCCUCACCGAGGAGUCCUCCAUUGACGAGGUGGUGGUGACGAACACUGUGCCCCAUGAGGUCCAGAAGCUGCAGUGUCCCAAGAUCAAGACCGUGGACAUCAGUCUGAUCCUCUCUGAAGCCAUCCGGAGGAUCCACAACGGCGAGUCCAUGGCCUACCUGUUCAGAAACAUCACCGUGGACGACUAGCUCCCACGGCCCGGGACCCCCCGGCGGCCCGCGGGCGGCAGUGCUUCCUGGCGAGGGGCCCGAGCCGCCGGGAUGGUCUCUCUGGCUGUCGUCAAGCCGACCGCACUAAGCAACUCGGCCUUAAAUUUCUGCCAUCGGCAGCCCUGGUUCCUUAAAGCAAAAGUUCCUCUCGCUUUCCUGAGAAGUCAGAAGAUCUGCUGACGUGGGAGAGGGGUCAAGGGCAGACGCAUCCGUCUUCACUCUGUAGCCGUCACCCGGCGUUCAGCACGGGGCAGCGCAGGGGUUGGGCCGAGCGCCCCGGCCCCCCGGCUCCCUCCGGUCCUCCUCUCCCGGGUCGGGUCCACGUGAGUCUUUUCUUUCAGAAGCUGCUGUGCCUACUGCCCCCGAGCAGCCGAGCCUUCGAGCUGUCGCCCCGGCGACAGUGUGGGGUCAGGGAAGUGUCCCUGCUCCGGGUGUCUGCGCUGCUCUCAAGCUGCAAAUAAAAGAAUUUGUUGUC